CUCCACACUAGAUGAGCAGCACAGAGCUCUUUCUAACUUAGGAGGAAUAUUGUCUGGAGUGUGAUUACCAUGAGGAGAAAGAUUUUGCUACCAUGGGAUACACACAGAGGACCUGGCUAGUGCGGUGUUGAGAGAAGUCCAGAGUGAGUGGAGCCCAGAGUCUUGCUGCUGAGGGCUAAUUAAAUCCCACACCAUCACCAUCACCAUCACUGACACCCCACCCUCCUCUCCCAUCCCCUCCUCUCCUGUGGCUUGACCAGAAGAGAGCAGAAAGAAGAAAAAAAAGACUGUCCUGAGCGAGAGAGCAUCCUCGCCUGCCCUCCUCAUGUUCCUUCAGGCAGAGCGGAGGGCAGGGCCUGAAGCACACGCACCGCCGUGCCGGCCGGGGUCACGAGCUCCGUGAGUGAUGGGGAUGGGGCACCAGAAGAAGCUGGUGCUGGGUGGGUUGACCGCAAGCUCCGUGUUCCUCUACAUCCUGUGUGUGAACCUGGAGAGUUCUAUGACCUGGUCCAUCUCGCCUCUGAAACAUUUUCAUAACUUCUCGCUGGUGUUGUGGAGCGACUCACGAGACUCUGAGGAGCCUCUCAACAGACAGAUCAACAGUGACCAGCAGCAGACCCAUCCGCCCCCUACCUUAACCCCCUACCCAGGAACAGCUCCGCCUAAACACACACGUGCCACCACACACACUCCAAAAUUAAAGACUCAUAAAGACUCAGAUAUAGUUGCUGGAGAGAAACCAGCAGAGGAAAAAGUGCUGGAUGUGUCAAACUCUAGCUCGAAGUCUGAUGGUGUGGAUAAAGCCAAAACCGGGACCAUCACCAAGGGCCCCGCACCGAAACCACCGAAACCUCCGGAACCUCCGGAGCCCGCAAAGGCACGCGGACCAACAGAUCCUCCCUUCAUCGGAGACAGUUACAUGAAGGAAGAUCACCCUCCACAAACAGACUGCCCGGACGGUAUCCGAAAUACAAUUGCAAAGACAGACUUCGGUGGGCGUUUUCUGAAGAAUAUUCCGGUCCUACAGUGGGCCAAUCACAGUACUCGUGAACAGCACGAACGCCUGAAGAAGUACCCAGGAGCACACGGCUGGGGAGGGAUCGAUUACAAUACACUGGUGGAAACUCUCACUGUGCUCAACACGUCUGCGAACUGGCAGAUGUUAGACGACUGGAAGCAACUCAGCAACGGGUCUCAGUGUAUCCGCUGUGCUGUGGUGGGGAACGGAGGGAUACUGAAGGACUCAAAGAAAGGGAAGGAGAUCGACAGUCAUCAUUACGUCUUCAGGACCAACGGGGCGAUCAUAAAUGGCUUCGAGCAGGACGUGGGGUCUCGGACCACCCACUACACAUUCUCCACCAACACACUGAUGAACUCAAUGAGGAGCUACGCAGGCGUCGGGUAUAAAGGACCCCCUGUGACUAAGGAAACACGAUACGUCUUUCUGCCUGAUCACGACCGUGAUUACCUGCUGAUGAAGGCUGCAGCGACACACACUCUGGUGGAUAGAGGCAAAGAGCGAGGCAAAGACCCAACCAGGUACUUUGGAAAGGACGUGUCGGCACAGAAGUUGAAAAUGUACCAUCCUGAUUUCAUCCGUUACCUCAGAAACAGAUUCCUUCGAUCUCAUGCUCUGAAAACCAAAUAUAAGAACAUUUACCGUCCGUCAACGGGUGCUGCGAUGCUGUUGGCUGCAAUGCACACUUGUGACAAGGUGAGCGCAUACGGCUUCAUGACCCCAGACUAUAAGAACUACUCUGACCACUACUACGACAGGAAAUUUCACUCAGUGGGCUUCUUCAUCAACCACGACCUGCGAAUGGAAAUGAAUCUGUGGCAGCAGCUGCACCAGGCGGGGCUCAUACAGCUCUACAUGCACAAGUGAAUUGACAUGGACCAGAAAUGAACUCAGCUUGUCUAAUCAGCACAUGUUACCAGCACAGACGGGAGGAGACGGGAAGUUCAAAAGAGGACAAUCCUUCUGGCCUCCCUUUUAAAAUGACUGUUCGCGACUCUCUGACUUGAGCAAAACAAAACAAAAAGCAGUAGCAGAGGUUUUCUUUUCAUGAAGGAAACAAGGAUUUUUUUUUAACUGACAGCUGCUAUGAUUGUUCAGGGCGCAGAUUUAGUUUUAUUUAUCAAACUUUUUGUUUUUUUUAAUGGUUUCUAUCUAGCUCCACAACAUUUUUUGGUGAUUUGUGGGUCAGAAUAGGUCCAGGUUAAAUAUAGUUGAAAAGAUUUUAGUUACUGUAGCAGCGUGGUCGUGUGCUACGUCCCCAGAGGAUAAAUCUUAACAGGUUUUCACUUAUCUAGUGAAAUGUUUCAUCAUGUACCAGACAGAAUGACACAAACUGUUGUACAGACUUUCACAGUUCCCAGAUGAUGUAUCCUAAUUACUUUUUUUUCACUUUUAUGACCAAAUCUAAUGACAUUCCCCUCUGCCUCUGGUAUUUAGUGCUAAUUUGUGAAUGUUAGCAUGCCAACACAAACACACACACACAUCUUACCUGCUAGUUAAAUGAUAUGGAUGGUGAUCUUCUGUGUUUUUCUUAUUGUCAACAAAUACAUACAAGUAUCAUGUGUGUAUUCAAAGCCUGAUAUGUCUUAUUCGUCUGUGGAGUAGACCUCUAUUGUUCUCCAAUAAUGAUUUAAAAUCAUGUCAGUGAGCUACAUCGCUACACUGGGUGACAUGUUCCUUCAUAACAAAGAUUACGGUCACGUUAAUUUUGUUUGUAAAUGGCUCCAAAGAUUAAUAACAAUCACAUUUUCAGUCUCUGCAGAGUAGUUCUGUGUAAAGCUGA